AUGGAGUUCGCCGCGCCGUACUCGACGGCGGCUGCGGGCUGUGGGGCGGCCGGGCAAUACCACGGCUCCGAGGAACGGGAGGGCCGGGGGCCGGACGGGGCGCGCUCCGACCGCGAGAGGGCGCGCCGCCUGUGGGAAGCCGCGUCCAGUGCGCAGCCCGUGGGGAGGGAGGAAGUGGAGCACAUGAUCCAGAAGAACCAGUGUCUCUUCACCAACACACAGUGUAAGGUCUGCUGCGCCUUGCUGAUCUCUGAGUCCCAGAAGCUGGCCCACUACCAGAGCAAAAAACAUGCCAACAAAGUGAAGAGAUACCUAGCAAUCCAUGGAAUGGAGACAUUAAAAGGGGAAACGAAGAGGCUAGACUCAGAUCAGAAGAGCAGCAGAAGCAAAGACAAGAACCAGUGCUGCCCCAUCUGUAACAUGACCUUUUCCUCCCCUGUUGUGGCCCAGUCGCACUACCUGGGGAAGACCCACGCAAAGAACUUAAAGCUGAAGCAGCAAUCCACUAAGGUGGAAGCUCUGUCGAAACGCCUUAUAAAUCCUUUCCUUGUGGCCUCCACCUUAGCCUUGCACCAGAGUAGAGAGAUGAUAGACCCAGACAAGUUCUGCGGCCUCUGCCAUGCCACCUUCAACGACCCUGCCAUGGCUCAGCAACACUAUGUGGGCAAGAAACACAGGAAGCAGGAGACCAAGCUCAAACUCAUGGCACACUACGGGCGUCUGGCAGACCCUGCCGUCAGCGACUUAACAGCCGGGAAAGGCUACCCCUGCAAGACGUGUAAGAUAGUCCUGAACUCCAUUGAACAAUACCAGGCUCACGUCAGCGGCUUCAAACAUAAGAACCAAUCACCAAAAACAGCAGUGUUGCCCUUGGGCCAGAUUCCAGCACAGAGGCAACCCAUUCCAAAGGACUCCGAAAGCACCCUGGAUGCCUAGAGGUGUUUCUGCCCAGCUCCCAUGGGAAGCAGCUUCCUGUGACUGUGGUGGGCCCU